AUGAAGGCAGUCCUUCCAGGUCAGCCUGAAGCUAGUCUUCAAGCUGUGUCGACAGGCUAUUGGGAUAAUAAGCGCGUCAUCGUUUAUAUUACCGGCAAUGCCCUCGCAAUUCUAUCAGAUCCCGAAACUAUCAUCCAGACCAUAUAUGAUAAUGAUGAGCGGAAAUUGGAUGCUGUAUCCUUUGAUGAAUGCUCUGGAAAGAUAGCUGCGUGCACGGAUGCGACCGUAAGGAUAUAUCGGCCUUUGAGCCAUGGUGAUGAUGGUGGUUCGCCCAAGUGGGCUUUACAAACGUCUUUUGAAGUCGAUGGAGGCCCAACGCCCAUAGCUCUUUCUUGGGGAAGCGCCGAGGAGCUUCUCGUUGCGCGAUCAUCUUUAUGGCUCUACGAUACGACGUCGACACCACCCUCUUGCCAUUGGCAACAGGAACUAGCCAGCCCUGCCAAAGCAGCGAAUCUAUCUUACGACUCGUCUUAUAUCGCAUCUAUAGGAUAUCAUGACCGCCUUGUAAAAGUGUGGCGGCGGCUGAACUUCAGUUCGGAAGAAAUACAAUUUGAUUUUGGUUAUCUUUCGCACCCCCGAGCCGUAACCAGUAUACAAUGGCGCAAACCGUUUCACGUCGAUCAGACGAUCGAGAAUGUACUAUACACAUUUUGUGCCGAUAAUGUUAUGCGCGCGUGGACGGGUGCAGAUAGCUCUAGUCGCCAGUCGCUACUACAUCACUGGGGGAAAUUGGAUCUAGCGGCAGCAGUACGGGAUGAGCGCGAGACAGGUAAACAAAUUCCAGUAUGGGCCUUCAUCUUAAGCCAGCGAGAUCUCGCCAACGCUACAGAAAGAGCCGUCCAAGAGAGAGGGGAUGGCCAAGAGAAGGAAGAUGUCGCUCUUCAAUACUUGCUCUCCAUUGCCAAUAGGGAUACGGAAAUUUGCGUCGUUUUCGAUGGACGCGGAAGCAUGUCCUCCUGGGCCUUAGAGAGUGUAAGUAACAAACUCAAGGGUACUAGUAACGUGGAUAAUGUCGCCUAUGUCAAAUCGAAAGACUUUGAUUUCUUGGGCUCGUCCACGAAGGAAUACCACGUCGAGAUUCUCAGCUACUGUAACAAAAACUCAGGAAACCUACACAUUCUAUUUCAUCACUUUGAUGGAAGGAUCGAAGUGUUCGAGAGCAGCAUUGCUGAUUUUCUGGACCCGACUUCCAAGGUUAAAACCCGACUAACCCCUCGUGCAACUUGGUCUGGACAUUCUGCUUCGGUCAAGAAGAUUGUACGAAAUUUUAGUGGUCGUGCGAUCGUAUCAAGGACAGAGCAGGGCGAAAGUAUUGUCUGGCGACACACUCCUGGUCCACUGCGAACAAAGCUAUUACGACAUAAUGUCAUCCCUGAGAAGCGACAUAUACAUCGAAUAUGUUUAAUUAGAGGAGGUCGUUUUGUCGUAUUCCUGCACCAUGAGAAUAUUUCUGUCUGGGAUUGCACUUCAUCAACGCAUACGCUGCUUGCCGAUCUCAAAUAUUACGUCCGUGGCAAGCCACUUUGUAUCAUCGUGCUUCCCCGUGAGCGGGUAGAUGACGAUUCGGUUGCACAUAUCGCAACAGUUACCUCGGAGCAAGAAGGCGUAGUUUGGGAGCUCAAUCUGCCUAUGGAAAAGAGUAGUUCUACCAAAACACACAUUAAUGACCACAAAAAGGGCCUUCGAGAGUUCUGUACAUUCAAAUUAGAUGACGCUGGUGACCUGGCCUAUGUCUUGCCGGUUGAUCCCGCUGGUAUUUCACAUGCUAUAUCUGGUUUCUUAGAUGUUUUUGCCCGGGAUGUUGCUGUGUCGUACACUCACGGCGGCCGCGUUGAAUUUUGGACUGCCAGAGUUUCCCAGGAACGAGGUCAAGUUGAAUGGCUUUCGACAUCGUCAAUGGAGACUGGUAUCCCAGAACCCGCAUUGGUCAGUGGCAGCACGAUGAAAAAAGCUGCUCUCGUGAAUGCACAACGCUCAGAACUGACUAUUUGGGAUAUUCGAGGGGCCCGGUUAGAAUAUAAGGAAGAUUUUGAGAAUCAUAACCCAGUGCAAGAUCUUGACUGGACGUCUACACCGGAUUCGCAGUCAAUUCUAGCCGUUGGCUUCCCAUAUCGCAUCAUCCUCAUCUCACAGAUGCGCUUCGACUAUUUAAACAAAGGCCCUGCUUGGGCGCCGAUCCGCGAGAUUAAUAUCCGGGAUUUCACACCUCACCCCAUCGGGGACUCAACUUGGCUCAGCGAUGGCAAUUUAGUUAUUGGUGCUGGUAACCAACUAUUUUCGUAUGAUAGGACCUUUGAGAUAACUGACCGAUUGAUCUCGAGCGCACGCGUACCUUACCGUAAACAUGGGACUAGAGAUCUGUUUAACAUUAUUCAAAGAUUAAAUGGGCCAUUGCCAGUCUUCCACCCUCAAUUUCUUAGCCAGUGUAUACUCGCAGGGAAACAUGGUGUGGUUCGGCGCGUGCUUCUGGCUUUAAACCACACGCUGAAGUAUCAUGUAGAGGGCGAGUCGAUCGACGAUUAUCUAGGUCUGGAUCCAGCGGAUUUCUACCUACGUAAAGGGUCAAUGUCUAUUGGCAGUAACGGCUCGUCCUAUCUCAUGUCCCAGAUGUCAUUCGAUGACACUGAUGAAGUAUUCACGGAAGACAUCGCCUCAGCUGUCUGCGAGAAGCUGCAACAAGUUACUAUACCACAACUUUCUGGCCAUGAGCAGAUCCAAUUGGUCGAUAUCGUUGAAUGUGUUGGAGUUGUAGAAAAGCAGCGUCGCUCGAUGGACGAGAAUGGUGCUAGGUUCAUGUUAUUCUUCCGACAGCACGCGUUAAGAAAGGGCAGAACCAACGAAAUUCACAUGUCGUGGAGGGAAAUCAACUGGGCUUAUCAUUCUACUAGUCAGGAUAUUCUGACGGAUUUCGUGUCCCGUCAGUAUCACGGCACUAUGUUGUGGGAGAAUGCUAGAGAAAGCGGCAUGUUUAUGUGGCUUACAGAUGAGGCCGCCGUGAAAGCACAAUUCGAAAUUGUGGCUCGUAACGAGUACACGAAAAGCGAGAUGAAGAAUCCUGUCGAUUGCAGUCUCUUUUAUCUCGCCUUGAAGAAGAAAACUGUUCUUCAAGGUCUUUGGCGUAUGGCGACUUGGAAUCGCGAACAAGGAGCAACGCAACGGCUCUUGGCGAAUAACUUCGAGGACCCAAAGUGGAAGACGACGGCUUUGAAGAAUGCAUACGCUCUCCUGAGUAAGCGUCGUUUUGAAUACGCGGCUGCCUUCUUCCUCCUCGCAGGCCAUUUACAAGAUGCGGUAAAUGUUUGCAUUAAUCAAAUCAAAGAUAUCCAACUCGCCAUCGCUAUUGCGAGGGUAUAUGAAGGCGAUAAUGGGCCCGUAUUAAGGAAGCUACUAGAGAACGAGGUCCUGGCCCUUGCGGCUCAAGAAGGUAAUCGCUGGCUAGCCUCAUGGGCUUUCUGGAUGUUAAAGCGGAGAGACAUGGCAGUUCGUGCUCUCAUUACGCCUGUCUACACACUAUUAGAAACACCAGUCUCAUCAGAUAACUUGAAGGCGAAACUCUUCCUUACAGAUGACCCAGCCCUUGUUGUAUUAUACUCUCAACUUCGACAGAAGACGUUGCAAACACUCCGCGGGGCAUCUAAGGUAAUGCCAAGGACAGAGUGGGAGUUUGUCUUGCACAAUGCCAGACUCUACGACCGCAUGGGCUGUGACCUCCUCGGCCUAGACCUAGUUCGCAACUGGGAAUUUCUCCGGCAUACUACACCGACGGCUCCAGAUCUUGGCGGCGAGAUCGAUCCUAGGAAACUCUUACAACGCCGUAGCUCGUUAGUUGUCCAGGACAUGCCUAUGUCGCACGUAGCCCCGACCGAUAUGAAAACCGGAGGCCAUGGCGUCAAGCCACCGCCCAGCGUCUUCGAGGAGCCUGAUGCGAAUUCGCUGCUGGAUAGUUUUGGGUUCUGA